GUCGGCGCGCCUGCGAACUUCGGCAUGGGCUAUCAGUCGUAUGAGGUUUAUGUGUGGACGGUGGCGCCCCGAAGUCCGCCCUGACUCAGGAACAGACCUUUUAUUUCGUCGACAUCACAUUUUGCAGAGAAAUCGCUCUCUCCGUCGUGUAAACGGUCACUUGGGUAGACAGAAGACAGGCCUCGACAAGAAACUGAAUUCACUAUUUGACUGUCCCGCAUCCAGCUGCAGCAUGUCAUUCACCAGCCCGGCUUCUGUGAUGUCCCAAAGAAUGGUGUGGGUGGACCUGGAGAUGACAGGCCUGGACAUUGAGAAGGACCAGAUCAUCGAAAUGGCAUGCAUUAUUACAGACUCUGAACUAAAUAUUUUGGCAGAGGGGCCCAACUUGAUCAUCAACCAAUCAGACGAACUGCUAGAUGGAAUGUCAGACUGGUGUAAAGAGCAUCAUGGCAAAUCAGGCCUGACUCAGGCAGUAAGAGACAGCAGGAUAAGCCUGCAACAGGCUGAGUACGAGUUUCUUUCCUUCAUCAGACAGCACACUCCACCAGGACAAUGUCCCCUUGCUGGUAACACUGUGCAUGCUGACAAGAAGUUCCUGGACAAGUAUAUGCCACAGUUCAUGUACCACCUCCAUUACAGAAUCAUUGAUGUCAGCACUAUCAAGGAGCUUUGCAGACGGUGGUUCCCACAGGAAUAUAAGCUGGCGCCUCAGAAGAAGGCAUCCCACAGGGCCCUAGAUGACAUUCAAGAGAGUAUUAGAGAGCUGCAAUUCUACAGAGCCAAUGUGUUCAAGUACCCAAUAGAAGAGAAGAAGCGCAAGAUUGUGGAGAACGGGGACAGCAACAAGAGUGUCUGCACAGCAAAAUGAAGAGUAAAUCCAGAGUUUAAAGUCUCUGCGUUAAUAUGCAAGAGAAAGCUGUUUCGUCAGUUCAUCGUUGUCAUCUGACUGUUUUAAUUUCAUUUAGUUGCUGAGUAGUCAUAGUUAUGGAUGUUUUUUUUUUCCAGCAUGAGCCAAAAUUUCAAAGUCAAGUUUUCAACUUGGACCAAAGUCGGGGUGAAAAACUUGUUAAAAAGACAGCUUUGUUUGCUUUCAUGCGUUUGUUGCAAAAGUUGACUUGUGUUUAUUUAAUCAGUUUUGUUUGGGAUUUACUUAUCAUGUUCCUUUUUUUUUAAGGAAACCAGACAAGACAAUAAAGUCACUGUUAAUUUAGAGAAAUGACAUUCAACAUUAAAAUUUGAAAGGUUUAUUCAUGACAUACUUCACUUACAAGUACAAUGAGCAGUGAAAUGCUUUUUUUUUUUUUGCAAACUCCAAGCUGUGUAACAAGAAGAAGUAGAACAACAAGAUAGGAAUAAAAUUUUAAGUUAAAAAUCUGGGGUGUAUACAGAAGGUAUACUCUUGAUAAAUAUUUAUACACAAAUGUGCAGUUAAUGUACAAAUGUUUAAAAGUCUGUGUGAAGGAAAGUGUCAAAAGGCAAAAUGUUGUUGUAACAGUUCUUAGGCUGUAUACACACUGUUAUUAAUGUUAUUGUUCAAGUUAAUUCAAGUUGCUUGUGUCAGCGUGCCACCCAUAUUCAUAGUAUCAAUGUCUAGACUUCAACACAAGGUGGCAGUGUGAACAUUUGCUUAUUCUCACCAAGUGUAGUUUUAUUUGGAGUAUGGCAGAACCAGAGCCGGAAACCCUUAAAAAUGGAAACUGUUCUAAAGCUUUGGCUGAGAAAAAACCACAUAAUAAAUGAAUAGACAAUAAAAGAAAUUGUAAUUGUAGAAUAACAUGUUGAAAUUCACAUUAAUAUGUUCAUUUUAAGUAGGGGUGGAACCACAGAAUUCACCGUUUGGUUCAUAUCACGGUUUUGGUGUCACGGUUUUCGAUUCAGUACGUUUAUGGUACUGGGGAGGAGCAUUGGUAAUUUCAACAAAAAAGAAAAAAAAACUAUUUGCCUCAACUACUUUCUGGCUAAGAACAUAAGGAACAUAAUAGUCAAAUCUUAAUCAAAAGAAUAGGUUUUCUAAUUGGUGUAAACAAAAAAUGCAGCUUUGUUAUAAAAAUGGUAACCUUGUAGACUUAAGGCCAUUAAAAUAAAGUGUAGCAUAGAGCUACGUAGGCUGUG